GCGCGGAGCCCCGGUGGCCCGAGGGCGCGAAUUCAGCCUUGUCGCAUCAUCCCGCCCCCUUGGUUUUGGAAGUCCCAGGAAGAGUUUGGUCUGGAGGAGGAGGAGGAGGGCAUUGAUGCACUUGGUGCAGCCAGUGGUGAAGAGAUGGCUGCUCCUGUCCCGUGGGCCUGCUGUGCUGUGCUUGCCGCCGCCGCCGCUGUUGUCUACACCCAGAGACACAGUCCACAGGAGGCACCCCAUGUGCAGUACGAACGCCUGGGCUCAGAUGUGACUCUGCCGUGCGGGACAGCCAACUGGGAUACAGCUGUGACGUGGCGGGUGAAUGGCACAGACCUGGCCCCUGACCUGCUGAACGGCUCUCAGCUCGUGCUCCGCGGCCUGGAACUGGGCCACAGUGGCCUUUAUGCCUGCUUCCACCGUGACUCCUGGCACCUGCGCCACCAGGUCCUGCUGCAUGUAGGCUUGCCGCCGCGGGAGCCUGUGCUCAGCUGCCGCUCCAACACUUACCCCAAGGGCUUCUACUGCAGCUGGCAUCUGCCCACCCCCACCUACAUCCCCAACACCUUCAACGUGACCGUGCUGCACGGCUCCAAAAUUAUGGUCUGCGAGAAGGACCCAGCCCUCAAGAACCGCUGCCACAUCCGCUACAUGCACCUGUUCUCCACCAUCAAGUACAAGGUCUCCGUAAGUGUCAGCAACGCCCUGGGCCACAACGCCACGGCCAUCACCUUCGACGAGUUCACCAUUGUGAAGCCUGACCCUCCAGAAAACGUGGUCGCCCGGCCCGUGCCCAGCAACCCUCGCCGCCUGGAGGUGACGUGGCAGACCCCCUCGACCUGGCCCGACCCCGAGUCCUUCCCUCUCAAGUUCUUUCUGCGCUACCGACCCCUCAUCCUGGACCAGUGGCAGCACGUGGAGCUGUCGGAUGGCACCGCGCACACCAUCACGGAUGCCUACGCUGGGAAGGAGUACAUCAUCCAGGUGGCGGCCAAGGACAACGAGAUCGGGACGUGGAGCGACUGGAGCGUGGCUGCCCAUGCCACGCCCUGGACGGAGGAGCCACGACACCUCACCACCGAGGCCCAGGCCCCGGAGACCACGACCAGCACCACCAGCUCACUGGCGCCCCCACCCACCACGAAGAUCUGUGACCCUGGGGACCUGGGCAGCGGCGGCGGACCCUCGGCGCCCUUCCUGGUCAGCGUCCCCGUCACUCUGGCCCUGGCUGCCGCUGCCGCCACUGCCAGCAGUCUCCUGAUCUGAGCCGGCGUCCGUCCGUCCGUCUGUCCGUCCGUCCCGUGAGGACGUGCCAGAGCCCCUGCAGAGGAGCAGGAGGCCGGAGCUGAGCCUGCAGACCCGGGUUUCUAUUUUGCACACGGGCAGGAGGACCUUUUGCAUUCUCUUCAGACCCAAUUUCUAGAGACCCUUGGUGGGCCCAGGCCUGCCACCCCCUCAGCCUCGCCACACCACGCCGGCCCUCCUCCCUUCUUCACGGGAGCAGGGCCAUGCAGCUAACCCACCCACCAAAGACCCCCUCCUCCCUGCCCCCUCGGGCUGGACCCUCCAACGCCAGCGACUCCCAGGAGCCCUCGGGGGGCCUGAGGGGAGCCCCCUCACAUCCACAGUUUCUCCUCCUGCCCCAAGCCUCCUGUCUGUCCCAGGGUCUCUGUUGCCACCAUCAGAUUAUAAGCUCCUGGCGCCGGGGGGGCCCAGCCACCCCCUUCCCCCCAGCGCCCACACUUUUCAACCCUCCCCACUUCUGCCCCUGUUUUGUACGUCUCUCCCCCGGCCCUGCUCUGCCCCACAGUAUUUAAUGCCCCGUCCGUCGGUCCCUCCUAGUCUGACUGAAUGGUAACUUGCUGUAUUUGAAUUUUUUA